UCUAAAAUGAAUAUUGAAGAAAAUAGACUAAAAACUUUCUCGGAUUGGCCAGCAAAUGCACCAGUUGAUGCUGCUCGAAUAGCAAAAGCAGGAUUUUACUAUAGUGGAUGUGCUCUAGAAGUACAGUGUUUUUUAUGUGGUGUCAAGAUUUCCGAUUGGAAUUAUGGCGAUCGAGCAAUAGUUCGCCAUCAAUUAGCUGAACCUGGUUGUCCUUUUGUUCAAAAUCCUUCUAGUACUUGCAAUGUACCAUUGAUACCAAUAUCUACUAAUAAUUCUGGAUUAGCAUCAUCAUCGACGGAAACAUUAGAAGAACAUAAUAUAAAUGAACGUCAAUCUAUAAGUUCUUACCAGAGCAAAGAAUCUGAAAACAAAUAUAGGACUACAUCACAAAGACUACAAACCUUUACUAAUUGGCCAGUUACUUUAAUUGUAUCACCUAAAAAGCUUGCUAGGGCUGGAUUCUAUUAUCUUCAACAUGAUGAUGAAGUGAAAUGUGCAUAUUGUGGGGGUAUUCUAAUGAACUGGAAAUCUGAUGAUAAUCCAGAUAAAGCACAUAGAGAAAAUUUUCCUCAUUGUGAUUUCUAUGUUCGUCAGGAUGAGGAUGAUAAUUUAUGUUUAACCAAUGUAAAAUUAAUGCCUGGUACAAUAUCAAGCAUCUCAGAAUUAGGAAUACAGACACAUAAAACUCCUAAAAAUCCAGAUUAUGCAGCAUAUAGAGGAAGAUUACGUACUUUUAGUGGUUGGCCAGAAAACCUUAAACAAACUCCAGAGAUGUUAGCUAGUGCAGGGUUCUACUAUAAUGGUUAUGGUGAUCAUGUUAGAUGUUUUCAUUGUGAUGGUGGUUUACGAAAUUGGGAAGCAACAGAUGAUGCAUGGACUGAACAUGCAAGAUGGUUUCCCAAAUGUGAAUUUGUGAAUCUUGUAAGAGGACAAGAAUUUAUCAAACAGUGUGUUAACAGUAGACCACCUUUAGAUGAAUCAAUUUUUGAAAUGCCACCUGUUUCCCCAACUUCAGCUUCAUCACCUGCAUUAGAAAUUACAGAAACAACCUUGGGAAGCUUAUUAGAGAGUCUACCAGCAAUAGUAAUGUUUUGUACAUUUAUUUGUUUAUUUCUAAUAAAAAAAGCGUUAAAAAAACGAAUGUUGCAAGUAGGAAUUCCAUAUGCAAAUUCUUUUGACCUCAUAAAAGACAUUCUUCAUGAUCAAGAAUUGACUAGAAGUAAUAGUAGUAGCAAUAGUAUGGAACAAUGUAAUGAUAUUGAAGCAAAUGAAAAUGAAACAUAUUCAAAUGAAAAGGAAAUCUCUACAACAUUCAAUAAGAAAAGCAGUACUGUUGAUAAAAAGGCAAAUGUUAAUGUUAAAGAAACUGCAUCUUUGGAAGAAGAAAAUAGAAGAUUAAAGGAAGCUCGUUUAUGUAAAAUUUGCAUGGAUCGAGAAGUAGCUAUUGUAUUUUUACCUUGUGGACACUUAGCAACUUGUAUUUAUUGUGCUCCAUCUCUUACAUAUUGCCCAAUGUGUCGGCAAGAAAUUCUAGCGACCAUUCGUACCUUUCUAUCAUAAAUCAAACU